AAGAUGAAGAAGCGCAAAGAGCUCAAUGCAUUGAUCGGCCUGGCUGGGGACAGUCGGAGAAAGAAGCCCAAGAAAGGCUCAGGCCACCGCCUCCUUCGCACUGAACCUCCUGACUCAGACUCUGAAUCCAGCUCCGAAGAGGAAGAGGAAUUCGGCUUAGUUGGAAAUCGCUCUCGCUUUGUCAAGGGAGACUAUUUACGAUGCUGCAAGAUCUGUUAUCCCCUCUGUGCUUUUGUCAUCCUUGCCGCCUGUGUUGUGGCCUGCGUGGGCUUGGUGUGGAUGCAAGUUGCCCUGAAGGAGGAUCUGGAUGCCCUCAAGGAAAAGUUUAGAACAAUGGAAUCUAAUCAGAAAAGCUCAUUCCAAGAAAUUCCCAAACUUAAUGAAGAACUACUCAGCGAACAAAAGCAACUCGAGAAGAUUGAAUCUGGGGAGCUGGGCUUGAACAAAGUCUGGAUAAACAUCACAGAAAUGAAUAAGCAGAUUUCCCUGCUGACUUCUGCAGUAAACCACCUCAAAGCCAAUGUUAAGUCAGCUGCAGACUUAAUUAGUCUGCCGACCACUGUAGAGGGACUUCAGAAGAGUGUAGCUACCAUUGGCAACACUUUAAACAGCGUCCAUCUUGCUGUGGAGGCAAUACAGAAGACUGUGGAUGAACACAAGAAAACCAUUGAGUCACUGCAGAGUGACAUGAAUCGGCACUUCUUAAAAGAGACCAGUGGAAGCAACCAGCUCAUUCCAUCACCUUCAGCUUCAUCAGAAUUUGACAAUAAAACCUACAGUGAGAAUUUGAAACAGGACAUCCUGUACCUUCACAACUCUUUAGAGGAGGUAAACAGUGCCCUAGUUGGGUACCAGAGGCAGAAUGAUCUUAAACUCGAGGGGAUGAAUGAGACAGUCAGUAACCUUACCCAGAGAAUCAACUUGAUAGAAACAGAUCUUGUUGCUGUGAGCAAGGUAGAAAAGCAAGCGAACCUGUCCCUCAGCAUGAUGGAUGAAAGAGCCACCACUCUGAAAAGAGAAUCCUUGCAUCAAGUGACCCACAAACCAGAUACAUUAAAAACCCAAAGCAUCAAGAAAGAAGAUAGUUCAGAUUCUCAAGUAUCCAAGCUAAGAGAGAAACUGCAGCUGAUCAGUGCUCUCACAAACAAACCUGAGAGCAACAGGCCUUCAGACACUGCUGACAAAGAGCAAGUACAGAGUUUCACAUCAAAGCCGUCAGCAUCGCCAAAAUUUCCACAGUCUCUUGGAGGUCAAACUGGGAAAGCUGCGCAGCUAAGACCUAUUGCCCUACCAGGAAUUUCUAGCAUUGAAGAUCUUCAGGAUUUAUUCCACAAGACUGGCCAGGACAUGGAUGGGAAGCUGACCUACCAGGAAAUCAGGAACUCCUUAGGUUCUGCUGUACCAGAACUUGAGACUUUGAGAGCAUUUGAUUCUGAUGACGAUGGAAGAUACUCUUUCCUGGAGCUAAGGGUAGCUUUAGGUGUCUAGCCUCAUCAGGCAUAUUUUAGAAAUGGGUAUAUAUACCCAGGACUACCUAACAUCUACUCACCUAACGCAAACAACCCUUUUAUUUACCUGUCGAUCCUCCAGACUACUGUAGCAGACACAUUGCCACCUUUUAACUUGUUUAAAAAGCUAUAAAGAAAAGUUAUUUUUUUAAAAAAGACCAUUUUACCUAUAUGAUAUUCAGAAAUCUAUGAUUUCCUAAAGCCAAUAAGAUCUUAAUUUCAAAAUUGCCAGAAAAAAACGUCAGGCCCUCUUCUUUUCUCUUUCCUUUUUAAAUUUUUUUUUUUUUUUAGGGGAAGGAGACCUUCUCUUUUAAAACUGGAAAAUGUGUAUAUAGAGAGACUAAGCCACCUUUUAUAUUUCACAUAAAUUUGCCUUAAAUUAGCUGCACUUUAUACAGACUCAGAAAAUGUCUUUCUUUUAAAAGCUAGACCUUUUAAUAUUUAAAAUGAAAGAAAGAAUUGUGCAUAUUUUGUGGGACGUCAGAAGAAUGGCUUGAAACAGGCUGUGAACAAAUGACUUGUUAUUAAAAAUCACUAAUGUGGUAACAGUAAAACUAUGUCCAUGUCUCCUUAAGGUACCUCCUUCAGGUGCUGCUGUGGGGUUUGGCCUGGAAGCUGGAGGACCAGAUUUGGGGAGGUGACCCUGUCAGGACUAUGCUGCCUCUAGGCUCAGGAAAGUAAGAGUCUGGCUCUUUGUUGCUGUAUCCUCAGCUGAUCCCAACCUGUGAACCAGACAAGUCUUGUUGGGGGUUUUUCUCACUUUUAAUCCUUUUUCAGAGUUUAUGAGCAUAAACAGUUCUGCAGUGGGGAGCUGCAUUUUCCCCACUGGGUGAGCUACAUUGUCUUCCCCCACCCACCCACUCAACCCUCUCUCAGCUGUAGCUGGCUGCCACCUCUGGCCUAGCCUCCAUUCUGAACAGCAGGUCUGUGCUCCUCUGCUCACUGUCUCCACCUGGCUACCCAGGAGGGGCUUUAGGGGAUAGCUUUGCCCCUCAUUGUAACCCAGGAAACCCCUUGACAUUUCACCUGGAGGCUUACCAAGAAGAACUUCGUAUGUUCUUCUGUGAAAUGCUCACAGAACAUAGAACAUAGAAGUGUUCUUCUAUGCUCUGCUGUGAAAUGCAGCACAUGAAAUCAGGUCAGGUUUCCUUACAGUUGUCAGCUCAAGGAGCUAGAGGCAUUCUGUCCAGAGGAUGCCGAACAGUAUCAAGCAGGGGGCAUCACAUGAUGGUAGCAAGUUUUUUUCAAAUCUUAUAACAAGCAUGUGCAAUACUCUUCCCUUUAAAUACUUCCAUGGGUCUGGUACAAAAGGUCCCCAGACUGGAAGGAACCACAUCUCCAUGUCACCUGUGUGUGUGUGUGUGUGUGCUGUGCUGUUCUUAGAAACAGGCCUUGGGCAACACAAAAGGAAGAACUUUGUGGAACUUAACUGUUCUGUAGACCAAGUCAGGGAGAAACUAGAGUUUUCAUGGCACAGACUUCUUUAGUAGAGCUCGUUUCCAUUUUAACUUCAUCCACGUUGCCCUGUUACCCAGGGAUGCCAUUGAGCACCUUUAAACAUUUAAGGGCUGGUUUUUUCUUUAUGUGGUGUUCAGUUUAGUGUUGACUAACUUUGAUUUUUUUUUUCCUGAAAGGAUGAACAUUUAGUUAAAGCAAGAUGAAGUAUUUUCCCAUGAAUGUGUCUGCUUACCUCACUAUGGCUUGUGUUUCUCUCUAUUAAAAAAAAAAAAAAAAAAACACCUUUUUUUUUUUUUUUUUUUUUUUUUUGCCUAGUGAGCUCUCUCUCUUUCUUAGAAAGGUUAAAAUAAAAUUAGCCUGGCACUUUAGGUAACUUGAAGACAACUCUUUUUCUUCUGGCUGCCUUCCAUGAACACCCCCUCCCCUUUUAAAUAUAUAUACCCUUACAGAUUUUGUAACAACCAAAUAAAAUUCUAGCAAUAAAUUGAAUUAUACUCCUAUAUUUGUAUAUACUGUACCAUAAAUAGUAUGUCUGUACCUGGAAGGUAUUUUUUUGAGAACUGAUUUAUAUGAAAUAUACUUGAGGGUAAUGUAGCUUGUCCAUUUUAGUUUCAAAUUCUUAUUCAUAGGCAGAUACUCUGAGGACCCCUUAACUCUUUGUGGUCUGUACUUUUCUUUUGUAUCAGAUAGCUCCACCUGGAGAAUUCAGUUUUGUUUUUCAGUUUCUCAGCUGUUCACCCCACCUCGAGCUCAUCUGGCUCGCAUGGUCCUGAAGCCCGCUGGACUUCCUGUCGCCUUUGGCAGAGGUGUUCCGGCCACACUCUCAAGACUGUGAAUAUCCUUGCCGUGCCACUGCCCUAGCUUCCAGGCAGAACAAGGGCAUCUGGAACUCUUGUUCCAGGUUGAGGAGACUCAUUGGCUUAAAGAGUUUGACAAACCUAUUCUUCAGUGACAAUUUGGGAGUUUUCUUUGGAAGUUGUCUUAACUUCCCUAACCUGUAACUUUUGAACUGUACUCAAGCCUCUUUGCCUCAUGUCUCAGCUCUGAGAGGAAGAUUGGGUUUUGGUGUUUGUUUUAAAUACUUUUACCUUUUCAUCCUGGCAGCUCCUCCUACUGCUUUCCUAAGUGACCCAAAGCAUGGCUUCUCGGUCCUUCUUUUUUUUUUUUUUUUUUUUUUUUUUUUUCUUGCCUGUACUCUCUGGGAUAAUGUUCACUUCGAGAGCCUCCUUAGAAAUCAGAGGACCAAAAAGGUCUUCUAGGAAGAGAAGAGUCAAAUGAGUAGAGAACCUGACUUAGGGGGAAAGGUAGCAUCCUCUUAAGGGCAGAGAGGGACCUGGCACUGAGGACAGGACACCCUACACCUGCGGCCAUUUCCUCAUUUUAAGUUGCUUUGCUGGAUGGAACUCCAAUGCUCCCACCUGCCACUGCUGGUCUUGCUGGUCACAGUUGAAGACUUUGACUGUGAUGGGCUCAUACUCAUAAUGGGCUGCUGUUGAGUUGUUUUUAGUGACAGCUUUUGUUUGCUCCACACCUCAUUGGCUUACUUACCAACACCAGCUAGAUGUGGUCCCUUCUUUCGUAUCCAAACCAGAACACAUUUGGGUAUUCCUGAGACUUUAUAGAGUGUGUAUUGUUUGUUAUAUGAACCUAACCUACCUUGUUGUUUUCUCAUAUUAAGAAAUGUAAAUCUACUUUGCUUUAGCGGAGCUAUUUUGGUAAUGUCUGAGCAAUUUUGGUUCUUUGUGGAGAGUGAAUUCAAGGUGUCUGUGACUUGAGCUUUGCUUAUUUCAUAUCAGUAAUACAGCUAAUUUAUCUAAAUAAAACAUUUCCUUUUUCUCCCA